CUUCCUAGCUUUACGACCCCACUACGCAAGACAAAAUGCCUUCGACACAUAAGAAAGAUAAACCUUGGGAUACAGAUGAUAUCGACAAGUGGAAGAUCGAAGCUUUCACUCCCGCCGACAAUAAAGGUGGAACGUUCACAGAAGAAUCCUCUUUCGCGACCCUCUUUCCCAAAUACCGAGAAGUUUACCUGCGGGAAGCAUGGCCUUUGAUCACACGGUCUCUGGAGAAGUUCGGCAUCGCAUGCACCCUCGAUUUGGUGGAAGGUUCCAUGACCGUCAAGACGACCCGGAAGACCUAUGACCCUGCCGCGAUCCUUAAUGCUCGCGACUUGAUCAAACUACUUGCCAGAAGUGUUCCUGCGCCCCAGGCUAUCAAAAUAUUGGAGGAUGGGGUUGCGUGUGAUAUCAUCAAGAUCCGGAAUCUGGUCCGGAAUAAAGAGCGUUUUGUUAAGAGACGGCAAAGGAUAUUGGGCCCGAAUGGUACUACGCUGAAGGCCCUCGAGCUACUCACGCAAUGCUAUCUCUUGGUCCAGGGGAACACCGUGGCCGCCAUGGGGCCGUACAAAGGGUUGAAGGAGGUGCGGAGAAUUGUGGAGGAUUGCAUGGACAACAUUCACCCCAUCUAUCACAUCAAAGAACUCAUGAUCAAGCGGGAGCUGCAGAAGGAUCCAGAACUAGCUGGGGAGAGCUGGGAUCGAUUCUUGCCUCAUUUCAAGAAGCGGAACUUGAGUAAGAGAAGAGUGCCACAUAAGGUCACAGACAAGAGCAAGAAGGUGUACACGCCAUUCCCGCCGCCGCAAGAGAAGAGCAAGGUCGACUUGCAGAUCGAGAGUGGAGAGUACUUCUUGAGCAAGCAGGCUAAGGAACGGGCGGAGAAGGAAAAGCGACUGGAGAAGCAGAAGGAGGCGAAAGAGGAAAAGUUGAAGGAACGGGAGAAGGAAUUCCAGCCCCCCAAGGAGGAUGGCGAGAAAAAGGAAAAGAAGAAGCGAAAGAGAGAGAAAAGUGAGGGAGAGGACGAAGUGAAGAAGGACAAGAAGAAGAAACGGAAAGAGGCUGCGGAGGAGUAGAUACACUGUUCCAAUAUUGAUAGGCAUUUUGGCGAUGGCGUUACUGAUGGGAUUCGCAUGAGAUAUCAGGGUUUUGUGAGAUCAAUAGUUAUUACUUUUAGCUAAAUGUAUCAAUUCGAAGACCGCCAC